UCGAUUGAGAAGCCUCUUUAUUAUAUCUAUCGUCUAUGGCCAGCGGUUAGAAUUAGGUUGGCAGCAGUAGGUCAGCAGCAGUUCUCACAGGAAACGUCUCGAGUUGACGUGAACGUUUCUUCGCGUCGCUGCACAUUUCCGUUUCGCCAUCUUUUACCUCGGGAGCGUGUGGAUCGCGUCGUAUCGCGUGUGUAUCGCGCAGUUUUAGCAGUUUUACAGACUACUGACUUGGUUCUACGAGCCGCAAAAUGCCGGGUUUUAGCAGCGUUGGCACAUUUAAAAUCUUCAUUGGUAAUUUAGCCGACAAGACCUCGAACGCAGAUAUAAAACCACUGUUCGAGAAAUACGGCAAGGUCGUGGAAUGCGACGUUGUAAAGAAUUAUGGCUUUGUGCAUAUGGAAAAUGAGGAAGCAGGGCGAAAUGCCAUACAGAAUCUGAAUGGACAUAUGGUCCAUGGGCAACCGAUAAAAUGUGAGGCCGCAAAGAGUCGUAAGGGUCCAAACACUCCUACGACAAAGAUCUUUGUCGGUAAUCUCACAGAUAACACGAAAGCGCCGCAAGUACGCGAACUGUUUGCCAAGUAUGGCACAGUCGUUGAAUGCGACAUUGUGAGGAAUUACGGUUUCGUCCAUCUUGAAGCGACGGGAGACGUGAAUGACGCCAUCAAGGAGCUGAACGGGCAGAUCGUAGACGGGCAGCCGAUGAAAGUGCAGAUAUCUACCAGCCGGGUGCGACAGAGGCCAGGAAUGGGUGAUCCGGAACAAUGCUAUCGAUGCGGACGAGGCGGUCACUGGUCCAAGGAGUGUCCCAAGGGAGGUAUGGGAGGUGGACCAGACAGAAAUGGAUACAGAGAUCGAAUGUUCGGGCGUGAUCCGUAUCCUCCACCGCCACCACCACCUUUCCUUCGGGACCGUCUCAUGGGUGGUGGCCGCUUUGGAGACUACGAAAGCUACUACGACCGGCGCGGCUUCGAGGACACCAGGGAUCUCUACGAGAGGCGGUUUACGGGUAUGACAGGGCCCUGUGACAUGGGAAGUUCCAUGUGCGGGCUAGACUUUCCACCAAUGCCUCUACCAUCAAGACGAGACCCAAUGCCUCCUAUGCCUCCUCUAGGUAUGGGAUCCAUGCGCGACACUGGCUUCUCCCGUGGUAACGAGUAUGGCAUGUUCAGCCGCCGAUCACCCCCUCCAAGUGGCAACAACGGCCGGUUCAGUAGAGGCAUGUACGAGGACUUCAGCCGAGAUUCGUUUGAAGAGCGUAGAACAAUUGGCACUGCGGAUAAGAUGGUUGCACACGAGCUAACGUAUAGCGCGAAUAAGUCGCUUCAUCACGCAUACACGGACAUGGAAUAUUAAUUCUCUCUCUAUAUAUAAAUAUAAAUGUGUGCAUAUUAAAACGGGAAAACAUUGGAAAAGAAGAUAUCGGAUUCAAUAAGCCUGCUAUAUUCCCUCCUCGUGUUAGUAAUAUACGAGAUGAGAUCCUGUUUUAUAUGUCUGAUGCAUCAUUCUACGUGUGUUUUUUGCAAGUUCUUAUUUUUAAUAAACUUUAAAAAAUACGUGCGAACCGACAUCUCCUUAAAUUGUGACUGAGAAUUCAUCCCUCCUUCGGCUGGCUCUUUCGAACUAGGCUGAGUUUGUUCGUCAAAAGCGAUUGUAUCGUUUGUAGAUUGAAACUCAAACUCGAGAAGAAUAAGAAAAGCCUUCCGAGACUAAUCUCUAAAAUUAUAUACAUUUGAAAAUUUAUAAAUUUAAAAAGUAUAUUAAGACGUUAUAUAAAUCGAUCUAUUAUAAUCUGAUAUAAUUUUGAGAUUACGUCGUUUUUCUUCCUUCUCGAUUAUCAAGUUGUUGUCUUUAUUUUGUGAACGCAAUGAAAGAUUUGUGUCACUCUCUUCCAUCGCAAUUACAUCUUUAUAUGAUAGUGUGGUUAUUGUUCUCUUGCAUAAACUUUUGAUCAAAGCCAAAGUUAAAGUAUUGCUGUUUUCAGAAAUAUCACAGAUGAAAACGGAAGUAAAUGUAAAUAGAUGACGGAGUAAAUGUUUCUUUUUUUCGUAUUUCUUUUAAUCCGAUUUUUAUCAGUAUGUACAUGGUAAUGCUUAUUGUGUUAUGUGCCAGUCAAACUUGCAGACUCGGAGGUUGAGCAGGUCUACAUAAUCGGACUGGGCUGAAGAGACUCGCUUUUCUACCCGACCAACGACAGGCAGAGGCGCCCGGCCACGUUCUGUAACGUCUAAUACGCAGUCACAGCCAAAGUGUGAAUCCCCCCAGAAAGUUACUUUAAGAGACACCGUGCAGUGUCUUCAGAGAUAACCGAGCAAGCCUCGUAUCAGAGUGACGUUGGAACACGAACGUGUAGAACCAGGCGCACUACUCAAUCAUCUCUCCAUACUGAGAUGUGGUGAGCAGAUUCCUGUCCGAUAAUAAGUAGACUAUUCCGAACCGAGAAAGAUCGGCCGAUCUGCGUAUUCUAAGUUGGCGCGAGAGAGGAGGUCGGACCUUCUCCCGUCGGCUCUGUUGCGCAAGAGUUGCGAGUUUGAUCGGUACAUAGCGAGCGGUGCGUCGAUGCCGUGUUAACUUUGGCUUUAUCGUAUCAAUGCACGCAAUCUUUUCGCCAAGAUCGGGAAACCCUUGGGCACACGAUCAUCGACGAGAACAUAUACAAAGGGUGCCUCAGAACCAAGCAAAAUCCUUUAAUUUAAGACUUGAUAAUUUAUUAAAGAAUCUAAUAUUUACAUUUACUUAAAAACUUAAGAAGAUUAAAUUCGAAAGCUUUCAGAAAUAUUAAAUUUUUUAUGUAUUUAAAUAAAUAAAAUGACAGUUAAAUGAUGGAGCUCUCUUCAGAAAACUGGUUUUGAGACAAUCUUGUUUUAUAUAUUCUAAAGUCCCUUUUUCCCUCUUUUUUUUUUUUUAAUUUUUCUGAACAUUCUCUUUUGAGGGAUAUUCCCUUCUCUCUAGAAUAUACCGCUUACAAUUAGAUCAACCCCCGAUCCACGAUACUGAAUCACGCGCGUAUGGUACACGCGUGCGAGAGUCACAUACAUGUCGUGCGGGAAAAAAAAGAUUCGGGAAACACAUGGAGACUCAUGCACACCGGAGAGCUUCGUCGGAUAUAUUCGAUACGCGACGUAUCGGCUGUAAUGCAAGCACUCUCGAGGAUUACGGUAACAUCGGUGCUGGACUUGAUCGUCGGAUAGCGAAGGUCUGUCCGAUGAUUGCAGUCCUCGCUCUAUACGUAGCCCAUACGUGGACGUGCGAGAUUCCGGCGGUUCGUCGUCGGCAUCGUCUUCGUCUCGUCAUCAUCGUCGUCGCCGUCGUCGUCGUCGUCGUCGUCGUCGUCUAUAAAAUCACGCAGCCGAGUUGCAAACGGUUCGGGACACACGCUGGCCGAGAAGCUCGACGAGAUGAGAAGUUCCGAGUCCAGUCUCUUGUAGCUGAGAUAUAUCGCUGAGAUAUAUCUCUCGGAUACGCCGGCACAGACCCUCGCAGGCACUUAGAAAAAAAAAGUACCCGGUCCCUCGGCAGAGUUCUCACUAGAGACCGUGAAUCGCCGAUCGGAUCCGUGCACGGAUUUUUAAGAGAGUCUGCACAAGAACUCGAGAAAAAAAAUAUGUAGAACGGACACGUCGGGACACGGGUUAUCCCUUGACCUCGCGUGAUAAAAAAACGGAAAGCGAACACACAUACACACGUGUCGGUCGACAAAAAAAAAAAAAAAAAGCGCAAAACCGAUAGAAACCGCGCCGGCAAGAAUUUUAACACGUUGUAAUAUGAUAUAUGAUAUAGGACACGAUGAUAGCCCUCUACACCGACAACGUCCACGAUGGAUGUACAUCGAAGGAGCCAAGAAGAGCGAGCCAGGCUCGAGAGAAGAGAGCUUCGAGAGUAGAAACGGCAAGAGAGGUCUGAUGGAGAAGCGACAUGGUGUGAGAGGUAAUUGUUCAACACUCUGUACCACGUUGAAAGACACCGCGAGAGAGACAGAGACACGGAGAGGGAGUAAGAUUCCAUUCGGAUAAAGACGAAACUGUAUUACCGCAUCCAAGGCAAGUCCACAUCCCUACACAGCCACUCGGUAUCGUUCCGAUACGCGUAAAAGAAAACGAAUAAAAAAAAAUUUUUUAAAA